AUGUAAAAUGAAGGUUAUUCUACAAAUUUAGAAAAAGCAAUAACAAUUUUAUAGAACGAUAAGAAAUAUUUGUAAAAUGAAAAUGACAAGUUGAAGUAAAUAUUAAAUGAUAUUUAGAAUCUAAUUAGAAGAGUCAAUUGAAGAAGUGUGUUUAUUAAAAGCAGAAACUAUAAGUAUUAAUGAUCUGUUAAAUAAAGAAAUAGAAAAGAAUAAAAUAAACUAGAUUCAUAUUGAGUAACAAAUAUUUAAAUGUAUAGAUAAUUAAAAAACUAACCAUAAUUACAAAAUGAAGAUACAAAAUUUGAAAACUUAAAUAAAUACAAAAAUUAAUAAGAAAAACUUUGUUCCUUAGAGUAGAAAAUCUUAAGGAAUUGUGAGGAAAUGAAAAUGGAUAAACAGAGAGAAUUAGAUGUUGAAUUUCAUAAAUUUCUAGAUAAACUAGAGAAUAAAUUUAAUGUAGAUAAACAAAAAUAUUUUGAAAAAUAUUAGUUAGAAAAAGAAAAUUUAAAAGAUGAAAUUAAAAAAUUAUAUUAAGAAAUAAUAUAAUAUAGAAGGGAAAUAGAGAAAUUAAAGAAUUAAUUAGAUAAAUAAUAAAUGGAUGGAAAAAAUUCUUAAAAAUUUAAUGAAUCUAAAAUUUUGGACUAGAGGUUAGAGAUUUAUAAUAAUUUUGAAAAAGAGGUGCCUACUUUGAAGAAAAAUUAAGAUAAUUUAGAAUAAAGAAAUUUGGAAUUAAAAAAUUAGGAAUAAAGUAGGUAAAAUAGAUUAAAUGGAUUCAUGGAAAUUAGAGAAUAAUAAUAAUUUAGAUAGUAGUAAGAAAAUGAAUAAAACAAGAAUACAAUAAAAUGUAAUUUAAAUAAUCAUAUUAAUAGAAAUGUUCAGGCAUAUAAAAAAAUCUCAUGGAUUUAUUGAAAUAUGCUUUUUAUUAGAUAUUACAGGAUCAAUGGACCCAUACAAAUAAUAGGCUAAAAAAUGCAUUUAAGAGAGCAUUAAAUAAAUUAAAAUGUUUACUUAAAAAGAGGCUAAAUGGAGUGUGAUAGGAUAUCAAGAUUUUUCAGAAUACAAAUAAUUAGGAUCAUAAUAUCGAUAAUUAAAAUUUACUUAAGAUUCACGUCUUGUAGAAGAAUUUUUAGACUCAUUAGUCUGCGCAGGGGGAGGAGAUGCGGCUGAAGACUUAAGAGGUGGUAUGAAAUAAAUGGUUAAAAAUCUUGAAUGGGAAAAAGAAUUUAGAUUGGCAAUUCUAAUUUGUGAUUCACCUACUCAUGGAAGGAAAUAUAAUGGGGGUGUAAGUGAUCGCUAUCCUAAUGAAGAUAUAGAGGAUGCCAUAUUAGAAUUAAUUGAUAAAAACAUAUUUUUAAUGGCUAUUAAAUUUAAUUAAGUAACUGAAGUUAUGUAUGAUGAAAUUAAGAAAGUAUAAACUAUUAAUAAUAUAGAUCUAUUAAGCUUAAGGUAAACCUGAAUUAUUACUGGUUGAGGAUGCUCAAAAUAUUGGUAUUUCAAAUCUAUCAAAUUUAUUUGUCAAUUUAAUUUCAAAUGCAACUGUAACCAUAACUUAAAUGAAUAAUACAGCCUCAAAGAUAAAUAAUAAGAAAACAUUUCAAAAGAUUGAAAUCAUAAGUGCCAUGGAAAAUCUAUGUAAGAAAAACACAGAUCCUGUUAAUUUUGACUAAGAUCCUGAGGUUGAAGUUAUUGAAACUAAAUUUGAAGUGUUUAAAGUAGAGCUAUCUGAUCAAUUUUUGGAAAACCAUAUAUAAAAUAUCAAAGCCUUUAAAACAGAAAAUUGCUUUAAACCUAUAAAAGAACCUGGUUUAUGGGAUUGCAAAAGAACAGUACAUCCAUUUGCUUCAGGAUCACUUAAGCAGGUGUUUUUGAUGAAGAAAAAGGACACUCCUACUGAAUUAUAUGCAAUAAAAAUGCCAUUAGGAGAUAAAACUUAUUAAUCUAUUGAAGAUGCUGUUAAAGAUUGCAGAUCUCAUUUAAUUGCAAAAGGUCUUCUUGAAAAAUUUAUCAAAGAUUUGGAAAAAAACUAAAAAGAAGAUACUGAACUUUAGAUAUUUGAUGUUCAAUAUACUAAUAUUUUAAUAUUAAAAGAUGUAAAAUAAAAAAGUAUGAAAUAUCGUUAUUUUAGAUUCUUUUUGGGUAGCUGAAAGAUAUUUUAGUGGAAAAUUUGUAAAAUAUAAUAAUAAUAGUGCUUUUAUAUUGGAUGAUUCUAAUUCGCUUAAUCAUUUAAUGUAAGCAUUUUCAUUUUAUACUUUUUACAAAUCAAAUCUUAAUUACAUAAUUUGUGAUGUCUAAGGUAUUGGAUAAUAUAUGACUGAUCCUGCAAUUAAUACAAAAGAAGGUAACUUUGAUGAAACUGAUAUUGGAGAAACAGGAAUCAAAAGUUAUUUGGGUUCAUAUUAAGGUAAGAGUCAUCUUGGUAGGGACUAUUUAAGAAAUCUCAAUAUUCCUGAUUUUGAGGAUAUUUGA